UAUGUGAUCAUGGCGGUUUUAGAAAAUAAAGCAGAUCGUUAAAGCUGGUCUAAACAGUUGGAGUAUUUCCGUUUCGUCGACAGCAGGAGGAAUAACUUUACCACCAAGAUGUUUUUAACCGUAUUUUUGGUCGUUUUGUGUGUUCUGGCGACGGGAGAGACGGAGAACAGCGACAGACACUCCCUGACCUACAUCUACACGGCCCUCUCCAAAGACCCCAAAAUCCCAGGUAUCCAUGAGUUCACGGCCAUGGGGAUUCUGGACUCCAGGGUAAUCGACUACUUCGACAGCACCACACAGGUGAAAACUCCCAAAACACACUGGAUGAGGGAGCGUCUGGAGCCGGAGUACUGGGAAAAAGGCACACGAUCCCGUAAGAGCAAACAGCAGUGGUUCAAAGUCAACCUGGACAUCCUGAAGGAACGGAUGAACCAGACCGACGAUGACAUCCAUGUUCUUCAGUGGAGACACGGCUGUGAGGGCGUGAAAAAAGGUAACGGGUUACUGGAAUACAGCCAAGGCUUGGACAUGUACAGCUACGACGGAGACGACUUCCUGUCCUUUGACGACUCCAGCUCAGUGUGGGUGGCUCCAGUGAAAGCAGCAGAGCAGACCAAGAGGAAGUGGGAUGAGGUGCAGGUCCUCAAAGACUACACCAAAGGAUACCUGGAGAAAGAGUGCAUGGACUGGCUGAGGAAGUUUUUGAAGUACGGGGAGAAUGACAGGCGCACCUCCAAACCACCUGAAGUGUACGUGUUCGCAAAUAACGCCAGGUCUAAGACAAAUGUGGUUUUGAACUGCAUGGCCACUGGUUUCUACCCACCAGAAAUAGAUAUUCACAUCAAAAGGAACAGUCGAAUUCUUACUGAAGACGACGGCGUGAUGAGCACAGGAUCUCGACCAAAUGAAGACUACACCUACCAGAGACGAGACAGCGUGGUGAUUCUACGCACCGACGUGGCCAUGUACUCCUGUUACGUCGUACAUCAUUCAACCGGUUUUGAAAUAACAAAGGUUUGGGAUGGUAAACUGCCUAACCCUAACCCUGACCCUGACCCUCCUGGACCAGUCAUCUUCAUUAUUUUGGCUGCAGUGUUGGCCUUAUUUGUGCUUGGGUUUGUCCUUUUGGUCCUGUACAAAAAAGGUAAAUUUGGUUUCAGGCCAAAGACUGCUCUGUUCAACGUGACCGAUGACAUCCCUCUGAACACAGAUAAAGCCUCCCAUCCUGGAAAUGGGUUUUCCACUGUCUAUGAUCGUGUUCCACUGGAACCACCCAAGGAGGUCAAAGAAGGUUCCCAUUCAGGCGACAGCGGUUACUUUGGGGUUUCCUCCGACUCCGACAAGGGAUCGAACAGCAGAUCCAACAGCGGGGUCAGCGAUGGAUCAGAUGGUUCUGUCCGGGAAAAGAAAUCUGUGUGAAGUUUCUCUGGAAUCUUUAACAUUUAACGCAGUCGCCUGAGUUUAACACGCUUUGCACUCAUAUGUCGCUGUGACUCUAACACCAGGUCAGUGUGGUGGUGCAUUCAAACAGUAUGUGUGACUGAAAACCUCCAGCGUCUGCAGAGUUCAUAUGUAACUGUUGAAUCCAUCUGAAAUAGUUGAAGGCGGUAAACGGUGUAAGAAGGUUAAAGAUAUGAAUCAGCCUAAACACGUUAAACUGCUCCAUGAAGAAGACCCCAAAAUGUAGCAUCUUCAAAAAGUCUGUAAAAUCUAACAUCACAGAAAUAUUUUUACAUGCUUUUAUUUUGGAAUUUUUCCACGGUGUAUUAGGACCACAUAAGAAAAUAAAAACACCUGUCACUACGAGAAUAAAGUCAUAAAAUAUCGAGAUAAAACCCGUAAUUUUAUGAGAAUAAAG